UGUAGUUCAUUUCAAGCGUUCAAAGAAUUAACAGUCUUUGAGACAACGAAACGACGACAAAGCUAUACCGAUUGAAAAUAUUAUACGAUAUUCUGAAACAGUGAAAUCUGCACUUCGUAAAAUGAAGAUCAUUGUCACGUUCCUGGCCAUCUUCGCAUUGUCGGCAGCAGUUGAGCUACCGCCAAGCUUGAAGACCUGCCGAAGAAAAGAUCCGCACUACCAGCAAUGUUUAAGCGCCGCCGUCCCAUUGUUCAUCAAGUCUCUGUCUGCAGGUCUCAGAAAUUUCAAAAUCCUCCCCAUCGAGCCUUUGGCAGUUGACAGCAUAAAAAUUGGCGAAAGUACCGGUCCGGUAUCCGUGAAACAAUCGUAUCGCAACAUCAAGUUAUACGGACUAACGAGAGGAUUGGAAGUAAAUAAUUACAGAAUUGAUUUCAACAAGCUGAUUCUAACAUCCGAUUCCUACAAUCCUCAAGUUGAUUUCGUCGCCGAUUACGAAUUGGAUGGUCAAGUUCUGGUUCUUCCCAUCCAUGGAAAAGGCCACUCCAACAUAACCAUGAUCGGCUUACAUGCAAAGAACACCAUAUACUGUGACACGCACGUCAAGGAUGGCGAGACUUAUCUAAGAAUCAAGAAGUACGACAUCAAAUUUCACCCCGAAAGAGUCCUGAUGCACUUCGGCAAUCUAUUCGAUGGUGAUAACGCUCUGGCAGAACAGAUGAACACAUUCAUCGCCCAGAAUUCCGAUUUACUCUUCAAAGAGCUCCAGGCAUCCUACGAAGAGACGUUUGGCCUCGUCUUCGCGAAGCUUGGAAAUGAAGUUUUCAGCCGUAUCCCAAUGAACAAAUUAUUCCCAGAAUAAAAUAUCAUUAGCUUGAACUUGUAAGCAUUAUAAUUUUGUAAUUAAGGAAAUGUGGAAAAAUAAGAAAAAAUUUGAAAAUUUGAU